AUGGCUCUCCCCGGCGGCAUCGUCACCAUCCUGCACGCCGUGCUCGCCGUCUUUCUCAUCAUCGAGCUCGGCCUCACCGCCUACGUCGUCAGCAUCACCAGCGGCCACUGGUAUGGCUGGUGGUUCGGCUCCUCGAGCGUAAACUUCAUGCUCUUCAACUCCAUCUGGACCCUCCUCGUCCUCGCCUACCUCGCCGCCGUCCCGCGCUUCGCCGAGCGCGCCUACCACUCGCUCGCCGCCCUCGUCCUGCUCGGCGUCACCACCAUCUUCUGGUUCGCCGGCAGCAUCGCCCUCGCCGCCCGCAUCGGCGUCCCCGACUGCGACCACGGCUCCGCCUGCCGCGGCAUCCAGACCGCCCAGGCCGCCGUCGCCUUUGGCUUCUUCAUCUGGGUCAUCGUCACCGCCCUGACCGUCUUCGAGGGGCUGGGCUUCAUGCGCGGCGGCGGGGCCCGCGCCGACACGACGCGCAAGCCGGGGAACCCGCCCGCGGCGGUUUGA